GAGAGGAGAGGAGAGGAAGAGGAGUGUCGACAGCGACGGAAACCGAGCGGGCCUUGGAUCCGACUGGAGGCCGAGCGGGAUUAUCCAUUUAUAAUUUUCACCCUGUCUGGGCUCCUCCAUCUUUUUAUUAUUUGGGCGGUGACUACAGGGGGUCAGGGUGAGGGUCUUUUUUUCACCCCCCUCCCCUCCGCUCCACCAUAGAGAUUAAAAAAAAGAGUUGCCCCCAGGGUUUCGGGGCCACCCUCGCGGCCUGACAAGAAGCCGGGGGCCGGGGCCUAGCGGCUGACGGGAGAGGGAGGCCCGGCCUUCGCUCUCUUGCCUCCCUCCCACAAACACACACACACACACACACUCUUCCACCCACCCACUUCCUUCCCCCGGUCCCCGUCCCCUCCCUCCCUCCCCGGUUACCUCGGUGUGUGUUGCCCCGGCGCUGAAGGGGUGGCUGUGCGGCGGGGGGCCCGGCGGUUGCUGCUGGCCGCUCGUCUCUCGGAUGACCAUGGGGUGCUUGGGGAACAGCAAGACCGAGGAUCAGCGGAACGAGGAGAAGGCGCAGCGCGAGGCCAACAAGAAAAUCGAGAAGCAGCUGCAGAAGGACAAGCAGAUCUACCGGGCGACACACCGGCUGCUGCUGCUGGGAGCUGGUGAAUCCGGUAAAAGCACUAUCGUCAAGCAGAUGCGAAUUUUACACGUCAAUGGAUUUCAUGCCGAUGAGAAAAAACGGAAAAUUCAAGACAUUAAAAAUAAUAUUAAAGAAGCUAUAGAGACAAUAGUGGGCGCAAUGCAUACGUUGGUACCACCAGUCCCAUUAGCCAAUCCAGAGAAUCAAUUUCGAUUGGAGUACAUUCUAAACUUAGCGAAUCAGAAAAACUUCGAAUUUACACAGGAGUUCUAUGAACAUACAACAAUCCUCUGGCAGGAUGAAGGUGUGAAAGCAUGCUACGAGAGGUCGAAUGAGUAUCAGCUCAUUGACUGCGCACACUACUUUCUAGACAGGAUUGACAUAGUCAAACAAAAUGACUACAUACCUCCAGAUCAGGAUCUACUGCGAUGCAGAGUUUUGACAUCGGGAAUUUUUGAGACGAGGUUUCAAGUUGAAAAAGUAAACUUUCACAUGUUUGAUGUCGGAGGGCAACGAGAUGAGCGCAGGAAAUGGAUUCAGUGUUUCAAUGAUGUCACUGCUAUAAUAUUUGUGGUGGCAAGCAGUAGUUACAACAUGGUUAUACGAGAGGACAAUCAAACCAAUCGUCUCCAAGAAGCGCUCAAUUUGUUCAAAAGCAUCUGGAACAACAGGUGGCUGCGGACCAUUUCUGUAAUCCUUUUCCUAAAUAAGCAGGAUUUACUGGCAGAGAAGGUAUUGGCAGGAAAAUCUAAAAUAGAGGACUACUUUCCCGAGUUUGCUCGUUACACUACACCUGAUGAUGCAUCACCAGAGCCUGAUGAAGAUCCAAGGGUCACGAGAGCCAAGUACUUCAUCAGAGAUGAGUUCCUGAGAAUCAGCACAGCAAGCGGCGAUGGAAGGCACUACUGCUACCCUCAUUUCACAUGUGCAGUGGAUACCGAGAACAUUCGCAGGGUGUUCAAUGACUGUCGGGACAUUAUUCAACGUAUGCACCUUCGUCAGUAUGAAUUAUUGUGAUGGAGAGCACUUGUCUUUGUGUAUUGGACUCUUUAUUCCUCAUUUAACUUGCCCACACAGGGUGGAAGAGAACUGGUGCAGUCUCUCUCCGAAUGCACCCCUCCACUUUUCUCCCUGUUGGACAACAGCAGAACUUCUUGCUUGCCUCUGUCCCCUGGACAGUGUGAGAUGGCGUCACUUAAAUGGUCAUUUACAUGUGGGUUUUCCUACUACUUUAACAAAAUCGAAAAUCGUAACCAAAUGCCCUGGACAAGGAGUACUUGAAGGAUUAGAAAACAAAACUAAAUCAAAAGCCCACACACAAUUGGGGAAAACCUGUUCCAGGGUAAUCAAAGCUGAUGUGGGCUCUUAAUAUCGAUCCUGUAUCCAUUCACAGCAACAGAAAAUGCGAAGGUGCCAAGUCCAAGCUGAAGACUAGACCUCUGUGAUGUAUUCCAAGCCUGACAAGGUGUGGAAUGGAGAUGCUGAAUCCCUGCAGAUCCGAACAGUGCAAAAAAGAAAUCUGAUAAAGCCUCGCUGGUUUUUAGAGGGGCAUUUUUAACAAAAAAAAACAAUAAAGUCUGGCAGUCCUUGGACCUAGAACGUGAUGAACUGCUUUUGGCCUGUGAUUGUAGAAAGAGUUAACCACAUACUGUUUUAGUUCUCCACAGAUUAAUCUUUCAGCUUUGUUCAUUCACUGGACUUUGGUCCAAUUAUUUCUUUCCUGUCUAUUCUGGCUUCCCUUCUUCCCUUCCCUCUGUUUUUGUUUAUUUUACUUCUGAAUUAUUAUUCUUGUACAGACUGUAAAAUGUAUUAUUUUGUACAACUUUAUUGAAAAUAACUUGUAGAAGAUCUUUGUGCCUUGAUUAUGGCUGUACCUGUAAAAUGAGCUAAGAUGUAAGUAUGUUUGAUUGCGCUGUACAGCUUUGUCAGCCCUAUCUGCAGCAUUAGCUCAAGGUAGGGAAUUUAUCUGUAGUUUAGUUUUUUUCUGGUUUAUAAAGAAGGAAAAAUGCUGUUUAGUAUAUAAAAAAAAGUACAAAAUUGUGCAAAUUAACCACUUAAGAAGUGAGGUCUUUAACAAGUGACCAGACAUUGCAGCAUCAUUUGCUUUUUUUAAUUUUAGCUUUAACUCAUUUCAGUCUAUCCAAAUGCAAACAUGGCUUGUUUCUACAUAAACCAAAUUUUGCUACAAAUUAUAAAUGUUAGUCUUUGGUCAUUCAUAGUCCUUUAAAUUUUUUUUAAUAUAGGCAUUGUGUGAAUAUGGUGAUCAUCAGUAGAUCUGGCUCCUCUGGUCCAACCAACAACAGAUGUACAAUGUUGGUAAAGUUAACGCAAAGCAAGGUGUAACUCCUUGCAUUUGGCCUCAGAAUUCCAGUUGCAAAUGACAUUUUUAUUUCUCUUUUAAUAAAGAGAUACCUUAGAAAAUUUUGUUUAUAUAUUAACUAUACAGUAGCAUCAAGUGAAGACGUGUGGAUUUUUCUUAAACUUGAAUAAUUUAUGCAAAUUAUAUGCUCAGAACAAGUUGUGGUACAGUACAAAAAGCAAAAAUCACUGUAGCAAUAAGAAAGCAUGUAAUUUUAGUAACUACACUGCUUUAUAUUUUAUACCUAGGUGUUUUAUG